UUGUAUUUUCAGUUACAGCAGCACACGAUUGGUCGUAUUGGGGUCAAUAUGGUCCAGCGCAUUGGCCAGGAUUAUGUCUAACUGGAACGAAACAGUCACCAAUAAAUAUUCCUACCGAGACUACUACAAAGGCUGAUCUCGGUUUACUUAAAUUCAUAAGAUAUGAUUUUGCAUUUCCUGGCAACAUUACAAAUAACGGACACUCUGUACAAAUAAAAUUAAAUGGUGUACCAAUUCAUCUUGAAGGAGCGAAUUUACCGUCUACGUAUAUUUUAGAACAAGUUCACUUCCAUUGGCCUGCUGAGCACACUGUAGAUAACAAUCGCGAUGCACUAGAGUUGCAUUUUGUUCAUUAUAACAAUAAAUAUGAUAACGCCAGUGUGGCUUCACAACAUGAAAACGGAAUUGCUGUUGUCGCCGUUUUAUUCAAGUUGAAUACAAACGACAACUUGGCAAUAAUCCCAAUACUGAAAGCAACAGAAUCAAUAUCGAACGGGAUUGGAAAGAGUACAGAAUUAAUGGAACCGAAAAUUAUACCUUCACUCUUUUUACCAAAAGAUCAUACUACAUAUUAUCACUAUGAGGGAUCUUUAACCACCCCUGGCUGUCAAGAAACUGUAAUGUGGUUUAUUCUUACUGAGAAACUUUCAAUAUCCGAGAGACAGUUAAGUAUUUUUAAAUCGGUCGGAACGAUCAAUGGCACUUUGAGCUUUAAUUACAGGCCAGUUCAAGCACUUGGGCAGAGGAAAGUUUAUCAUCAUCUCGACCAAUACGCUACUGCAACUUUUCAUUCAUAUAAUUUAUUUUAUAUCUGUUCU